AUGAUUGUGAUUAAGAGUGUGGGGCCCCACUCCCCAGGCAGGAUCAAGAGACAGUGGUUGAGCAGCAGGAUUAAAUGGGGAGUCCUCCUGGGCCUGAUGGUCCUCAUCUAUGGUUCUCAUGCGCCACUCAUCUCUCUCACUAAGGUGGAAGGUCGAGUCCCGUUCAGCUCCUCCUCGUGUGUUCUGAUGAUUGAGUUAGCUAAACUCCUCAUCUCUCUGCUGAGUCUUUUUCUCACUGGAGCAACAUCUGCCUUGACUGCUCCUCCAAACCUGCUCCUCGUGGCCCCCUACGCAUUUCCUGCUGUUCUCUACACGCUCAACAACAACCUGGCUGUUCUGAUGCAGGCUUACAUGGACCCAAGCUCCUACCAAAUACUUUCUAACCUGAAAAUUGCUUCCACCGCCAUGCUGUACUCCUUCUGUUUGGGGAAAAGGCUGCAGCGGGCCCAGUGGUUAGCUCUGGGGCUCCUCAUGGCUGCAGGGGUCUGCCACAGCUACAGCAGCCUGGAUCUGGAGGAACCUGCUCUGGCCGAAGCAGAAGACAGGCCCAGGCUUCACAUCACGGCUUGGGGGCUUUUCCUUGUGCUGGUGUACUGUUUUGUGUCGGGGCUGGCAGCAGUUUAUACGGAGCGCGUCCUAAAGAGCCAGAAGUUGCCUCUCAGCCUGCAGAAUCUCUACCUCUACAUGUUUGGAGUGGCCAUCAACGGGCUGUCCUCCUUCUCUUCCAUAGCAGGAGACGAGAGCUUUUUGGAGGGUUACUCAGGAGUUGUUUGGGUCAUCAUAGCAGGGCAGGUUGCAAACGGACUUCUGAUGUCUGUGGUGCUAAAGCACGGCAGUGGGAUUACCAGAUUAUUUGUUAUUUCCUCCUCCAUGCUGGUUAACGCUCUGCUCUCCUGGGCCGUGCUGGGUUUGCAGCUCACUCCCCUCUUCCCCAUCACCUGUGCUACCAUCGCACUGGCAGCCUACCUUUACUAUAGAUAGCAGAGCGUUCACUCAUUGUUAACUGAUAAAAUCUACAAAGCUCAUGCCGCCUUUUCUAGUUCUUUUGUUUUUGUUUAUUUUCACAUAUGUUUUGUUUAAUUUGCCUUUUUCAGUCAGAAACCAACAGACAGGUUCAUGCAUGCUGUUACAGAUCAUUUCUACCUUUAACUGGAAGUGACUAUCAAACAGGAAGUGUUAUGUUGAGCUGAUGAAUAAUAAACAGUCAAAGCCAUUCUUUAA